GAAUUCUAUACGCUUGAAACGUAUCGGUAUCAUAUCCCUUCGCUCAAUCCUUAGCCUGUGAAUCUGUAAUUUUCAAGGAAUUGGCUCAAUAUCGUGUCUAGCAUUGUAUUAACUGCCGUACUGCACAUUCAUUUCAAUAGCCUGUGUGUUCCCGUGUUUUCGUAUUGUGCCACCUCCUAGCUUCUACCCACUAGUGUUUACACUCAUACCUAUCACAUACCCUAUUUCCAUAUAUCAACGCCAUGACCUCGCGAAAACCCAUCACGUCGGACAUUCUCCGGGCGUUCCUGCCGCUGAAGACGUUUCACUACCACGAUGCAAACAGCCCCAUCACGUCGCUCGACUUUGAUGACUCGGGUCAGUUUCUCCUCUCGUGUGGAACAGACGAAUCACUCCAGCUCUACGACGUGUCGAAGGGAAAACACGUCAAGUCGGUCCUCUCCAAGAAGUACGGCUGUCACAUGGCGCGGUUCACGCACCACGAGAAAAACUGUCUCUACGUUACGACACGUAGUGCGGAAGAACAUGCCAUCCGCUACCUCUCGCUCCACGACAAGUCGUAUCUCCGCUACUUCAAAGGCCACACGGAGUUUGUCACCAGCCUCGAAGUCCUGCCUAGCAGCGACACGUUCAUCAGCUGCGCCCAGGACAAGACAUUGCGCUUGUGGGACCUCCGGCUGCCGUCUUGCCAGGGCUUGAUGAAGACCACCAACCCGAAGAUGCUUGUGGCGUUCGACAACGAGGGUCUUCUCUUCGUGGUGGGUAAUCCCGAGACGAACCAGCUUGGCUUGUACGAUCUCAAAGCAUACGAAAAUGCCAAGCCCUUCUCCUUGUUCCAGCUCGCGCUCCCAGCGAACCCUGAGACAGGCAGCAUCACAUACGCGUGGAACAAGAUCGAGUUUACAACUGACGGCUUGAAGAUCAUCGUAGGCACCGAGGAGGGAGUCAUCUUCGUGGUGGAUGCCUUUGAGGGCCACCUUUUGGCGGUAUUGAACGGCACGCGCGAGUUCAGCUCAAGAAAGUACCCCGGCUGUGGCAGCGUCACGACCACGCCCGAUGCCAAGUACGUCUACGCCGGUUCCGGCGACUUUACCAUUGGCCUCUAUGAUAUCAGCAAGCUUGAGGGAGUCAAGCAGCCGGUGGAUUUGCUGCCAGUCCACAAGCUUGCGUCCGAUGCCUCCACCGGACUCGCCCGUUCACUCGUGUUUAACCCCAGGAUGUACGUAUUGGCCAGUGCCGACAAGGAAGUUUCGCUCUGGACCCCCAACGAAGCGGUUUUUGAAUAGCAUUAUGUGGUAUAGCUGGUAAGGGGUUGUAUUUAGGUAGUUGUAGAUCUAGAACGAUGUCUAAAAAUAUGUAUGUGGAGAAUAAAUAUAUAUCGGA